AUGUGUGAGUUGAUGAUGAUCCACCCAAAGAAUGUUUUAGUGUCCUUCUCUGGUGAAAUAGUGGAAGGUGAUUCAGUGACUCUGAUCUGCAGCAGUGAUUCAAACCCACCUGCUCUGAACUUCAGCUGGUUUAAGAAGGAUGAAUCCUCAUCUGUUGGAUCUGGACAGAGUUUCAGUCCACUACAGAGUGGACGCUUCUACUGUGAGGCUCACAAUCAACAUGGAUCUCAGAGAUCAGACGCUGUUACUGUCACAGUUCAUCAUGGUGCUGGUAAGAAUGUGAUUGUGAUCACAGCAGCAUCUGGAGGAGGAUUCAUUAUCAUCAUCAUCAUCAUCCUCAUCAUCCUGUUUAUAAUGUGAGUUUAAUAAAAAAACUGCUGUGAUUAUAUAUGUUCACUUUUGUUCUUAUAUACUAAUAGAAAAU